AUAAAGAAUGUAUAAAUUCUUCAGAAAGUUUGGCUUCACUGAGUCACACAAUCCUGAUCAUAAAGCUUAGGUGCUAAUAUGGACCCAAAAGAUAGCAAACACAAAUUGGACAAAGAGGAAGCUCUUGAAGGUUGCAGCUACUUGCUGGAUAUUACAGAUGCUGAGUUAGAAAAGAAGUUCUUGUGGACCAGCUGUCCAUUUCAAAACCAGAGUAAAAGGGAUUUAGAAAGCAGCAACAGAGACUCUAAUGAUGAAACCAGACCGGAUACAGCAAGCGACUUGGAGACCUGCUCAAAGGGCAUACUUCGUUAUACAUCCCCAUUGCCUACGCACAAAUGGGUUCAUCAGGUGGAUCCGAAUGAUGACAGCACUAUUCCACUGUCCUACAACACAAGUAGUCCGUGUAGAUAUUCCGAUCCAUAUAAACCCUCAGAGGACCAAGGGAAGGACAUUGUUGGGCUUCAUACGUUGUUGUGCCAAGUCCAACGAAAAGCAUUGAAAAAGGGAUUUGAGUUCACAUUGAUGGUAGUAGAACUGCUCCUGGAUUUCUGCUUCUUUAAUAACACUCAUGAUAGAGGUGAGUCUGGCUUGGGCAAGUCCACUCUUAUCAACAGCCUCUUUCAUGCUGAUCUGUAUAAGGACCGGACUUCUGAUGAAGCUAAAGGAAAGACAAAUAAAACUGUAACAAUCACCAAGAAGAGAUUAGAAGUUGUUGAAAACGGAGUUAAGCUACAUCUCAACAUAGUGGAUACUCCAGGAUUUGGAGAUGCUAUCGACAACACUAACAGUUGGAAAGCUGUGGUAGAUUAUGUUGACCAGCAGUUUGAGAAGUACAGAAAUGCAGAGAUCCGUGUAGACCGUAUAAGGAUUCCGGACAGUCGGGUGCAUUGCUGCCUCUAUUUCAUCUCGCCUACUGGACACGGCCUGAAACCGAUUGAUGUAGAGUUCAUGAAGGCGCUUCAUAAGAAGGUCAAUAUAGUGCCCGUGCUGGCUAAAGCAGAUACCCUGACUCGCUCAGAGACUCAUUAUAUGAAAACCAGGAUUUUGGAAGAGAUUGAUAGACACAAGAUCAAAAUCUAUGACAUCCCAGAAUGUGACUCAGAUGAUGAUGAGAACCUAAGAAAACACAACACUCUCCUGAAGAGGAGCAUACCCUUUGCAGUAAUCGGGAGCAACACAACAGUGGAGAGAAACGGCCAGUAUGUUCAAGCUCGUGUUUAUCCAUGGGGCAUUAUAGAAGUGGAGAACCCUGCUCACUGUGACUUUAUGCUCCUGAGGAACAUGCUGGUAGAUAUACACAUGCUGAACCUGAAAGACAAGACUGAUGUAUUGUAUGAGAAUUACCGUACUCAGAUCUUGUACCAGAACCAAGACCCUUCUACUUAUCGGGAUUCUGUUUGAAAGAUGAUAUUGAAGAAGAAGGAAUAUCCACUGCUGGGAAUAUUGCAAGAACAAAUAAAAUGUCAAGAAACA